AAAGCUUGGUAAACGCACAUUUUUCAAGAGCUUCUUGAGCAGGCUGCAUCUCUCUGCCUGGAUUCGGCGUCUAUAUGGCUUCCCAGCGACUUCACAUCUGGUGGCUGCUGGCUUUUUGUACGCUGCCAUUUUGCCUCUGCCAAGAUGAACACACGGAGGUGAGGAGAAGAUUUAAUAAACCGGUGGCCAAGGUAGUUGGGAGCCGCCACCAAAAGACGGGCCAUAGAGUGGUAGGAGAACAGAAUCUCCUGAUUGAGGCGAUUUCCCUUAAUACCACUGCACAAAAGGUGUUGAUGAAACCAGAGGUAGAUGAUCUAGAACAGACUUCACACAGAGUCCAGACACCACAACAACCAGACUGUAAUAGCUGCUGCAGAGGGGAUUCUGGAUAUAGAUAUCAUCCCCCAAUUCCUGGACCUCCUGGUUUGCCCGGACCAUCCGGUAUCCCAGGCAAUCCCGGGAAUAAUGGAAACAAUGGAGCAACAGGGCAAGAAGGAACAAAGGGUGAGAAGGGUGAUAAAGGAGAUAUGGGCCCAAGAGGGGAACGUGGAAAUGUUGGACUAAAAGGAGAAAAGGGAUAUCCAGGUAUUCCUCCAGAACUUCAGGUAGCCUUCAUGGCAUCUAUGGCAACGCACUUCAGCAACAUCAACAGCGGAAUCAUUUUCAGCAGCGUUGAAACGAAUGUUGGAAACUUUUUUGACGUCAUGACUGGACGGUUUUCAGCCCCGAUUACUGGUGUGUACUUCUUUACUUUCAGCAUGCUGAAGCAUGAAGAGGUGGAAGAUGUGUACGUCUACCUCAUGCACAAUGGCAAUACCAUAGUCAGUAUGUUCAGCUAUGAGUCCAAAGGGAAACAGGACACGUCAGGAAACAGCGCAGUGCUGAAGCUGGCGAAGGAUGACGAGGUCUGGCUAAGAAUGGGAAUUGGCGCCCUCCACGGGGACCACCAGCGUUACUGCACUUUCUGCGGGUUCCUGCUUUUUGAGACUAAAUGAGGACACGGAUUACGUUUUUCUGUUAUGUUUUUUUAUUUUUUAUUGCGUGGAAAUAAAGUGAUAAAUGAGAAACAUUCCUACAUAUGUUAAAAAAAACUAGUUGCCAAUUGUGGACAUAGAAAAUACAUUGACUACAACUAUAUAAAAGACCAAUAACCUUAAAGUGUAAUUUUCUAAUCGUAAAAUUUGAAUAUAUUUGUAUAAAACUAUACAGGUCACUUUUGGAAGUGAAGACAGUUGAGAUAGAGUACAGGUGAGAUAGAGGGGGUCAUUCCGAGUUGAUCGCUCGCUGGCUAGUUUUAGCAGCCGUGCAAACGCUAUGCCGCCGCCCACUGGGGAGUGUAUUUUAGCUUAGCAGAAGUGCGAACGCAUGUGCAGCCGAGCUCUGCAAAAACAGUUUGUGCAGUUUCAGAGUAGCUCUGAACCUACUCAGCACUUGCGAUCACUUCAGCCUAUUCAUGUCCGGAUUUGACGUCAUACACCCGCCCUGCGUUCGCCCAGCCACGCCUGCGUUUUUACAGCCACGCCUGCGUUUUUGCAAACACUCCCUGAAAACAGUCUAUUGACACCCAGUAACGCCCCCUUCCUGUCAAUCUUCUUGUGGCCAUCAGUGCGCUUGAAAACUUUGCUAGUACCUGUGCAAUACAGCAAAUGCCUUUGUACCCGUACGUCGCGCGUGUGCAUUGCGGUGCAUACGCAUGCGCAGAAAUUUUUAGCCUGAUCGCUGCGCUGCGAACAACGGCAGCUAGCGAUCAACUCGGAAUGACCCCCAGAGUACAGGUGAGAUAGAGUACAGGUAAUGACAUUGUUUUCUGCAUACUAGACUGUCACUGAAUAGUUCAGCUGUGCCGUGCAAUUUUAAUAGAUUGCAUAUAUAACAUUAAAUCAUACCGCACAAUCGUAUUGCUUUUGCUGGGAAUGGCCACUGACCAUCGAUGAUUCAAAAUAUUCAAUGGUUUAUGGUCAAUGCUGAAUACUCUUGCCAUCGAUGAGGGGGAGAACCAGAUGGUUUCCUGCUAUUGCUGGUUUAGAACCUCCUGAUGGUUCUACCCAACUCCCCCCACAGAGUGCAGAGACAUGGAUCAUAUCUCUGCCCCUGACUUCCGCAAAGCCUCACCCUAGCUUCUGAUUAGCCCUCGGGUCAAUCACUGAAAGUACAGGGAUGACCAGCGGGUUGUGUAACCAUCAAUGGUCAUCUAGAGAAUAUUAUGCAACUAUCGAUGGACACAUGCAAUUUGUCCAUCGAUAACCAUCGAUGGUAGGCACGCCAAUGGCCAUCCUAGCUCUUCAGGCACUGUCCCAUCUGCAGCCAGAUUGAUAGAAGGUCACACCCCCUUGCCACUAGGCCACACCUUCUUCCCACCUCCCAGGUGUGAGGUAUGGCUAGAUGUACAAGAUAGAGGGAGAGAAAAAUCAAAUACUCCAAAGUGGGGAAGUUGCCCCCAGCAACCAAUCAGAAUAUUAUUGCAUCAUUUAUCAAGUACAUUUUCUAAAAUGAUAGCUAGAAGCUGACUGGUUCUCCAUCUGUCCUCUUUAGAAUGCUUUCGUAAUACAUCUCCCCAUAAAAGAGCACUUUACCUAAUCCCAAAACAGCUACAUACCUAGCAAGACUGCAUAUAAUGUGAAAUCAUCUCCAGUCUGGUCUUUAGGUCGACACUCAUUAGGUCGACCACUGUUGGUCGACAUGCAUUCGGUAGACAUGGUCAGUAGGUCGAUGUGGCAAAGGUUGACACAUGAAAAGGUCGACAUAAGUCUUUCACAUUAUUUUAACUUUUGCAUACGUUACGUUCCACGUGGACUAUGACUGGGAACAGUAACCUGUCCGAAGCUGCGAGGGGACACAGUGCGCUAAUUGUGGUUUCCGGGCACUUUAUAAAGAAAACAACACAAUUAUUUAUUUUUUUAAACGCACGUCAAACUUUUUUCUAUGUCAACCUAAUAACUGUGUCGACCUAUUUCAAGUGUCGACCUAGUCACUGUCGACCAAUAGUGGUCAACCUAAUGACUGUUGAUCUAGUUACUGUCUACCUAACAGUCCACACCCCUCCAGUCUAUAGAGCUGUAUCAGAGCAUGAUAACUUGCGUGUAUAUAUUUGUAAUGGGAUCGGUAUGAAAUACCUACAAUCAAAAUCCCGACGGUCGAAAUCCCAACAGCAAUUGACCGACGGUCAAAAUCCCGACAAGGUCAAAAUCCCGACAUGGACAAAAUACCGACAUUUAAAAUACCGACAAGGUCAAAAUACCGACAUGUAAAAUGCCGACAGGCCAAAAUACCGACAUGCGGCUUUCAUUGUUUUUUGUGUGUGUAUGCUGACAUAGGUCGACAUGGACACCAUAUAAGUGUACCGCGUCCCCUCGCUGCACUCGCCAUGCUUCGGGCACUACAGGUCCACUGGGAUGGUAAAGUACAAACAAGUUGGUUUCAAAUAAAAAAAUCAUGAACAAGUCAUGUCGGCAUUUUACAUGUCGGUAUUUUGAACUUGUUGGUAUUUUAAAUGUCGGUAUUUUGUCCAUGUCGGGAUUUUGACCUUGUUGGGAUUUUGACCGUCGGUCAAUUGCUGACGGGAUUUCGACCGUCGGGAUUUUGAUUGGAGGUAAAUUGACUGCAUCCCAUUUGUAACUGUUGCCAGGUGAUGUCGCGGUUGCAUCAUCUAGAGCUUUUCCAUCUUAGUUUUAGCAGUCAAUCAUACUGUAGUAUAUGGGGAAAAGUGUUGUCCCAUCAGAGCUCAGAUCCUACUCUAUUAAACCGAAUCACGUAAUCUUUUGCAACUGUAGUGAAUGAUGAUUGGCCAGAGGCCUGAUUGGCUUGUCAGUAAUGUCAGAGGAAACUCGCGAGGGCAAAAAGCAGUUUAGUAAACUUUUUGAUUAUAUAAAAUGCUGUCAAAACCCAUAAAGAGAAGCACAGGUGACAGGAAGUUGGGAGACGGAUUGCGGCGUUGUAUUUGUGAAGCAAGUACAAUAUCUCUGAAAGCAAUGAAUAAAUCAUCUGUCUGAAAAAUAAAA